AUGACAGACUCCGGCAACCCUCAGAGCCCGCCGACGACGGCCAUGGCCUCGACGUCCAUCGCGGCCCCCGACAUGCCCUCGCCUGCCAUUGCAGUAGGGUUCCACGGCGAAGGUACCGCCGAGACUCGCCCGCCGCUCGCUUCCUACAUAUCCGAUUCGACAGCCCAGCCAACAAAGUUCCAGAGCCCCUUGCGACACCAUCGACGAACGCCCUCAGCCCAUCGUGAAGUCAAGGAAACGCUCAAUGCCGUGACGGAAUACGGUACUGAAAGUCACGAUGGCUCAAGCCACCACCGCAUUAACCAGUACAUCAUCAAAGAGGAGAUUGGUCGAGGAUCCUACGGCGCCGUCCACCUCGCAACCGACCAAUUCGGCACUGAAUACGCUGUCAAGGAAUUCUCAAAGGUUCGUCUCCGUAAGCGCGCCCAAUUCAACAUCCUUCGGCAAGGCGCUCGCCGGCCACAGCGCUUCGCCCACCGUGUAAGUCUCAACGCGCCUCUCUCGCCGCAUUUUGGGGACUUUGGGCAAGAGAGCAAGGCUGGAUGGAACGUCAACGACGCGCUCUUCUUCAUCAGGGAGGAGAUCGCUAUCAUGAAGAAGCUGAACCACCCGAACUUGGUCCAGCUGAUCGAAGUGCUCGACGACCCGGAGGAGGACUCGUUGUACAUGGUUCUUGAAAUGUGCAAGAAGGGGGUUGUCAUGAAGGUCGGACUCAACGAGAAAGCCAAGCCAUACGAUGAAGAUUCGUGCCGUUACUGGUUCCGGGACUUGAUCUUGGGCAUCGAGUACUCUGAUAUCUGGUCCAUGGGCGUGUCGUUGUACUGCUUGCGCUACGGAAAGAUCCCUUUUGAACACGAGGGCGUGCUUGAGAUGUACGAAGCCAUCAAGACGGAAUCCCCCGAACUACCAGAAGAUGAAAAUCCCGACUUCGUAGACCUGAUGAACAGAAUUCUGGAUAAGGAUCCCCAGAAGCGAAUCCAGAUGUCUGAGCUGCGGGAGCACCCAUGGGUGACGAAAAAGGGGACUGACCCUUUGCUGUCAAAGGAAGAAAACUGCUCAGUCAUUGUCGAGCCCCCAAACGAGCUUGAGCUGAGCCGCGCCUUUACGCGGAAAAUGAACCAUCUCCUCUGUGUUAUGAAAGCAAUCCACAAGUUCAAAGGUAUUCUCGCCAGACAGAGGCAGAACUCUAGAUCGUCAAGGGAUGGGAACUCUGCCCCCUCUACCCCGUCCGUUGAUCCAAUCCGGGAAGACGCGCGGGCGGAAGACAUUGAGGCCUUGAUUGCAAAGCGUCGCGAAUUCUUGAAGCAGCAAGGUGUUCCUGUCGCCAACGAUAAGCCGGAAUCGGAGCCGCUUAUCCUCGGUAUCGGCGUUGGUGCCCGGGACGAAUUCGACAAGGACGAGCCCUCUGCUGGUGACGUAGCCGAGUCGCCGACCAACGUCGACUUUAACAUCUACGACAAAGCCUAUGAGGCUGAGGUGGAGCGCAUCAUGAAGAAGCCGGCGCGACAAACGACCAUGUACUUGACGCGUUUCGUCAAGGACCGGGAGCAUUACAAGGAGGUAGCCAACGUCGUGGAAGGGACUUCCGCAGGCGUCACACCCGCGGGCACGCCGAAGGUCGACAGCCAUUUGACCGCAUCGAAAGGGCGGUUUGCAGAUCUGGUCUCCAGCAUGACAGGCGGUUCAAAUUCGCCGACUGGUGGGGAGGGGAGGACCUGA